AUGGUGCAGGUCUCGGACCAGCAGCAGCCGCCACGCACCCUGGUGGAUCUGAGCGUGAGAGGGGUGGAGGCGGGGACGUAUUAUGCGACGGUGCGGGUGACGGGCGAUAUCAGUCGCGGGGCGGCGUCGACGGGGUCGGUCUGGGAGGGGCUGAGGGCGGCUUGGAGGCCGAAUGAUGCGAGGCCCAAGGGUGAGCUGGGGCGGCUGGAGGUGGGCAGGGAUGGCAAGGGAAGUGUGUUGCUGGCUCGAGAGGUGGGAGUGUCCGAGAUGAUUGGCCGCGCGAUGGUGGUGAGUAAGGAGAAGCCUGGAGCAGGAACGAGAACGUCUGGAGAGGAUGACGGGGCAACGGUGGUGGGGGUGAUUGCGAGGAGUGCCGGUGUGUGGGACAAUGACAAGACAGUCUGUUCGUGUUCGGGGAAGAGUGUAUGGGAGGAGCGGAAGGAGCAGGUAGGCAAGGGCAUGAUGUGA